AUGAUGAUCCGUGUCCUUCUCCUGAGUGCCUUAUGCCUUGUGGGCCUCAAGGCCCAGUGUCCAGACCCAAACUCUCUGAAGGAUGCUGAAGGCAACAAGGUCUGCGCCCGCAUGUUUGAGGACAGCCACUACUACAACGAGCAGAGCUGCGGCGGCCAGUACCUGGACGCGUACUCGCUGGACGACGUUCCAAUUAUUCCCUAUGCCUGGAACAACCGCAUCUCGUCCCUGGUGGUGUCGACGCGCUGCAGUCUGACCGUGUGGUCGCGCGUCAAGAAGGAGGGCAAGAACCGCAAGUUCUCCGCCGGGAUCCAGUACCGCCUGAAAGAAGUGGCUCAAGGUCUGUUUGGAAACUGGAACGACGACAUCUCUGGGUACUACUGCGAGUGCUAG